GUCACCUGUUUUUUGCACAAAAUCGAGUCGAAUUCGAGACGACGCGGCGGAGCUGUUUUGUUUUGAUUCGUUGCGUGUGCCCGUGUUGUGAAAUUCGCCCAUUUUUGGCCUGUCCGGAGUUACAAAUUAGAAAAAAAAAAUAUCUAAUGUCGACAACAAUCGGAAACCAUGAGUACGAGUGUACGAAAAAGUGCCGGCUGCCGAGCCACGGCAAUGCCAUCACGGCGGCCCUCACAAAGCGGGCCAUCUCGGACGAGUUGCUGGCCGCGUACGUCGCCAAACUGUGCCGGAACUUUGCCGAGAUUCUGGACGAUCAGGGACGAAGUGCGCUCCACUUGGCGGCCUCCGUCGGACGGUACGCGAUUGCCGAGUGGCUCAUCAAUCAUGGGGCCAGCAUCACGCUCAAGGACAGAGAAUCUGGCCACACGGCACUGCAUCGGGCCAUGUACUACGGGUGUGUUGGAGUGGCCGUGGUGCUGCUCAAGCAUGGGGCCGUGAUCGAUGUGCCGGAUGAGGACUUUGUCAACCCGUUGCAGCUGUGCAGUAACGUUCACAAGGACAGAGACAACGGCAUCGGCCACGAGAUCAUGGUGUGGGGCAAAAAUCGCAACUACAACCUCGGAGUCGGCAACGUCGAGGGCAAAGACACACCGGACUUUGUCGACUUCUUCCGCAAAAACCGCAUCUCCAUCGAACGGAUGUCCAUCAACGCGUACCACAGUGUAUUCUUGGGCCGGGACGGGGAGGUUUACGCAACGGGGCACGGGAUGGGCGGUCGGCUGGGAAAUGGGGCGGAACACACCGUGGUGCAUCCGAUCCGGAUUGCCGUUCAGACUCGGGGCGCCGAGGAACGGAUCGUGGACGUGAGCACCGGGAAACAUCACACGCUACUGCUGUCCAGUAGUAAUUGUAUUUAUGCCUGUGGAGACAACAAUCACUGCCAGUUAGGAAUUAAGCCACCUCCAGAAAAGCAGCUAACAUUUAAGGAAAUUGGCGGAUUGCACAAUUUCGCCGACAAGAAAAUCAAACGCAUAAUCGCCAAAGACUUCCACUCGAUUGCGGUCUGCGACGAGGACGUCUUCGUUUGGGGUCUCAACGUGGGCCAGUUCGGCAUGAAGAAGGAGCAAAACCCCGUUCUAACACCAAAAGCAAUUUCCCUCCUCCCGGACGUAACAAACAAGCAAGAUAAACCGGUCGCGAUCGCCACCGACAUCAAGCUAGUUGAAUCGAGCAACGCCGCGAUCGUCGUCUACACCAAAAGCAGCAAUCUGUACAUCUUCAACAACUUCAAACGGCGAACGUACAAAAAUCCGCUGAUGGAAAAGUUUGAGUGCAUUUCCGUGUCCGGAGGGGAACUGGUCACCAAAAAGGAGGACGUCUCGAAGCAGAGCAAACAGCUGCGCAUUCUGGCGUUCACCGUGUCCCGCAAUAUCUACAUCUGGUACGAGGACUGUGGUCAGUUUGUGCGCUGUGUGUUUGCCCAGUCGAGGAAUCUGGAGAUUGAGAAGAUCGUGUGGUGUAACAACCAUGCGCUGGUGCUGCUGCUGGGGAAUUUGUACCACGGGACGAUUACGCACAAGUUGAACGCGCAGGCGGUUACUCAGAUUAGUGAGUAUACGGAGACGUACGCGAAGAAGGAGAUGAGCACCACGAACAAGACGAGGAUCGAGCUGAAGCGGAUCAAGGGGCUGAACAAUGUGGUGGACUUUGUGUGCGACGAUGAGGGGGAGAACUUUGCGGUGUUGUUGGAAAACAGCCGCCGCUACUUCAACGUGCCCGAGCUGGUCGAGUCCAACUACGACUUUGGCACGCUUCUGGCCGAAUCCCACGAGGAGGACGGCAUCCACGACGUGGUGUUCCGCGUGGACUAUCAAACCUUUCCGGCGCACCGCUUCGUCAUCUACCACCGGUGUCGCCACCUGCGGAAGCUGCUCGAAAAGCAUCCCGAGCAGCGGGAGUUUUCGCUGGCGGGGUACGAGGGGUUGGCGGCGCCGAUUUUCGAGCUGAUUCUUCGGUACAUCUAUGGGAACGAGCUGAUCUCGAAGGAGGACGUGGAGGUGCUGGUGCGGAGGCUUCAACCGGGGGUGGAGGUGAAUGGGGAGUCGGUGGAUGGGAUGGUGACGCGGUUGAAGAAGGUGUUCAAGCGGCUGGAUAUUGGCGGGUUGGGAGAGGCGUUGAAGAAAUCUUCCGAGGAGUUGGAGAUCGCGGAGUUUCCCAAGCUGCCAAGGGACUCGUACCCUGAACUGAGGGACGUGACGAUCAAGCUGCAGGGCAAUCAGGAAAUUCGUGCCCACAAGUGCGUGUUGACGUCCAGGUUGGACUACUUCAAGCUGAUGUUCAGCCAGACUUGGGCGGAGAGCAAAUCGGUCAACCUGACGACGGUCCCCCUCGAGUACAUGGACACGAUCGUGGACUUCCUGUACGACAACGACUACCAGCGGGUGCGCGAUCAAAAGUAUUCCGAAAGCUACCUCUUCCAGAUGGUCACGCUGUGCGAUCAGUUCUUCAUCGACGAGUUGAAGUCGCUGUUUGAGGUGGUGAUCGCCGAUCGGAUCAACCUGCGGAACGUCGGCGAGCUGUUGGAGUUUGCGCUGCAGUACAACUGCCACGUGCUGAAGGAGUUGUGCAUGCAGUUUAUCGCCGUCAACGCGGCCAAGAUCUUGGAGUUGCGAUCGCUCGAGGGUUGUGAGCCGGUGGUGCUGGAGAUGGUUGACGAGUUUUAUAGGGAGUUUUACAAGCUGGCGGAUUAUCGAAUAAUUACGCCUUCGGCGGAUGCCGUUGACGAUGAAGAGUUGGUGAUGUUUGUGGACAACUUUAGCGUUGACUUGAACGAGAAGGCUAGCGAGAUCGCGGCAGUGAGUAAGGCAAAGACUCCCAAGGGAAAGAUCACUCCCAAGAGUACGAAACUGCAGCAGGAGAAGCGAAAUUACGAGAAGGAAGCGAUGGAUUACAUCCGGAAUUUGUCGUUUGAAGAGAUUCCGAUCGUUAAAAGUGAAGAGAAAAAAGUAACAGGUGUAGAAAAUGGUCACGACUUGAAAACCGAGAAAGAGGUGAAGAAUUGGCAGAAGGUCGUCGACAAGAAAGACCCAAAAAAGAAGCCCUUCACAACAGCGCUCAAAGUGAACGAAAUAAUCAAAAGUGAAACCCGCGGUCAGGAAAACUUCUCCAACCUAAAAUCCCUCCUCGAAAAGACGCCUUCCCCUGGUCAGGAACCCGAUCCGACUGGUUACGACUCCGGUUACAACAGUGCCCGGCUCAACACCUUCAACCUGAGCGACUUCGCCAUCCAAAAGCCAAAACUGUCCCAAAAGCAACGCAAACGACUGUCUUCCACCUCGGAACGGCCCAAAGAAGCCGUCCAGGUCACGACCCCAGACGCAACCCCGCAACCCGCCAACCCCUGGAAGAACGUCAACAACUCCGCCGCUGACAUGUUCAAAUCAGAACCAAUCCCCUUCCCGUCGUCGCCUCGCGGCGAUCGCAAAAUCUCCACCAGCUUCGACCAAGCCACCUCCCCUCUAUCCAACUCUCUACCUCGCGCCACAGCCGCAAAAUCCCCCGCUCAACCGACGACCGUCAAGACGGUGGUGGCCAACGGCCACAAAAAAGCCCAAAAGGAAGAGUUCACCAAGAUCCUGGAGGACGAGCGCCGCCAGAAGCAGUACUACGAAAAGAUCAAAUCGAAGUCGCUCGUGCACACGCAGAUUGAGGAGCGGGCGAUCGAGGAGUUGAGGAGGUUCUACAACGCGGACAGUGUGUACGACGAGAACAUUACGAUUGAGCGGCACAGGCCGCAUCAGGCGCCGAGCGCCGUGUGGCAGUAUCAGUAGGGGGUGGGGGUUUCGGUGUGUUUAGUGUCGUUGCAUGACAAUUGUGUAAAUAAAGUUUUAGACU